UACAGCUUCAAUGUCCAGUUUCGAGUACACAAGUGUUUUUUACGAAGAAAAUUACGCUCCCUAUUGAUCGUCGAGUUCUUGCUGACCUUGCCAGAUGACACUGGUAGCACCACCACCACAACAGUGUCCAUCAAUGCCGUCUCCCACCUCAGUACCGAAUGGAGUCGCUCCAUCACCACCUCCACCUUGCUCAGGAUGCAUUAAGCUACAUGCAGAUAUCAAACAGAAUAUGCAACAAAUGAUGGAUAAAUUUGAUAUGAUCUAUAUGCGAUUGGAAAGUUUGAUGAAUGAAAAGGAAAAGAGUCGACUGCUCGUGCAAGAUCAAGAAAUGAGCGAGAGCGGAAGCGAUGAAAAAGAUGUACCUUCUCCGGCCGAUAGCCGUGCAUCUCCGAACACUGCGCAAGGUAGUCGCAAACGAAAACCGAAUAAGGAAGCUGUGCACAGAGUAUCAGAAGAUACCCAAGACAUGGCCAACCCUACCUCAGGGGUGUCCGAGGCUCCAGCUGCGUCGGCUACUCCUUCAACACCCGUAUCAACACCGGCCACCGUGCCAACAUCUGGUUUCGGCGACAGUAUGAGUUUUCUCAGUGGACAAAUGAUGGAUCCGUUGGCUCAACAGCAGCAAUUGCUCCAGUUCAUCAUGCAGCAGUCCCUAGGUGCUGCCGCAGCCAGUAGCACCCAUCCAGCUCCGGCAUCGACCCCUCAGGCAACACAAGGCGCUACUUCCAUGCCGAUGACCCCGUCAACCCCGGUGUCCAACGUGAAAAGCGAGCAACCCGACCCACAAGUGCUCAUGGAACAGCUCCAGCAACAAUUCAAAGAGAAAUUCGAGGAUGAGGAGACGAAUGCGUCGGUGUCUCGCUGUAGCAAUUGCAUGACAACGAAGACAACAGCGUGGAGGCGGGACAUGGCCGGAAAACUUGUUUGCAAUGCGUGUGGCCUUUACUACAGACUCCAUCGGACUCACCGCCCCGUACACAUGCGAAAAGACUUCAUUCAACAACGCUUCAGAAGAAAAAUCAAAGAGGAGGAGGUGAAUUCGCCUUCGGCCAUGCUCAACUCGCUGUUCAGCAUGUCACAACUGGCGAGCGGCACCAACCCGACAGCUUUCAACUUCUUGGAGCAGUUCAACCACAUGAACUCCGUGCAAGAGCAGUUGAACAGCACGGCUCCGGUCUGAUAGUGCCCUAGGGGCGCAGAAUCACAGACAGAACACAUACGAAGCCUUUACACUCAGUACUUCGCCUACAAUUGCCUAACCACCAUUGUUACUUGACUCAGUUGUUGAGUUGAUCAUCCUAGCCCAUUUACUCUCAGAUAACUCGUUUUCAGUUACUUUACACACAAUGUAUCCAUUUGUGCAAUCAUGUGCAAGCUAGGGUUUUCGUCGUUUACUCGUUCGUUUUGAACCAAAGCCGUUAUCUUGGUUUUUUCCAUUUUGUUGUAAGCCAACAUUCGUUCAUUUCAUUGUAAUAUCGUCGCAUUGCCUUCGGCCGGCCCCGCGUGUCUCUGAGCUUUACCCAUUUAUUAUUCCUUGCUUUUGUUGUGAUUAUUCCACAACCACCGUUGAUGUGGUGUUCAUGUAUCACUUUGUAUUUUCGAUGGCAUCUCGAAUCUAUGCAUUUCACUGACCAGAACCACGUAUCUCCGCUACUUACCCGCACAGCAUAACCACCGACUCAUUUCGAAGUAUUUGCGCAAGCCCAGACAGUAUUUCUUGCAUAAUCAGUCCCUAUUGCAGUAUUGACUACGUAAUUUCUGUUAGCUGUUGUUUUUUCUUGUAAAACGUCGACAUUCUCUCUCUACCGUAACUGUUGUACAUACGUUGAGCUUCUCUUCCUUUUUGAGAUCGCCUAGCGAUUUCGCUUAUCGCGUUGCGCGCACUCUGUUCGAGUCAUCGCGGAUAUGGUACAAGACAGAGAACACAGACAUCGCUCUGCCGUCUGCACUCUAUCCUUAUUGAAAACUGAGCAGAAAUGCACCAACGCGACUCCAAGCACCAGCCUUAGAAUUUCAUUGUCGUUCGUUAGCUAAUUGUGGUCGCUAAGGUUUGUCACCCUGUGAUCUGUAUUUCUAUAAUUUUGCACACUGCAUUCUUGUUGUUUCUCACUGGAAACAUAUCCUCUUGGAAUAAUAAUCAGCACGGUCCCCUUCCGCAUAAUUCUUUUUACUUUUUCUAUGCACAGGUUGAAGUAAAUAUGAUAUAAACAAUUUAUUGAC